UUGUUCGCCAACCAAAACACCACCAUGUGCUAACGCAUCGAUUCCUGCUCGAGCCCUUCCAGGUCCUGCCAGGGAUCGGAUGACAUGGGGCAAGACUGCUCCAGCUGUACGGCUCGAGGCGAAGAGGUGUCAAAAGCAUGCCUUCCAGGUGCUCCACCAGAAGAGCACGAGAUUGGUGGCAGCAACGUUUUGAGCAACACGUACUUUGACCAGGACCUCAAGGAGUUGCAAUCUCUCCCAGCAGGAGACCGGCAGGUCGUCGAGGAGCGGCCGCUGUAUCGUUUCCGGAGCGGGAACAGCUACGCCGGCGAAUGGCUCGGCAACGAGCGGCACGGCUUAGGUGUCCAACGCUGGCUCGAUGGCGCCGUCUACCACGGUUCCUGGCGCCACAACUGUGCACACGGCCUGGGGCGUUUCGUCCACACGGAUGGGGACACCUACAGUGGCGAGUGGCAGAAGAACGUGGCGCAUGGUGUUGGAAACUAUGUACAUUACGCCAAGGGCCAGGUCACCCGAUACUUUGGUCAAUGGCAUCAAGACCUGCAACAUGGAUAUGGCAUUGAGCGCUGGGAUGAGGGCAGCUGCUUCGAAGGGGAGUUCCGAGUCGCUUGGGCUGAGACAACAGGACAUCGGAUGAGAGGAAGACUGAGUGGAAUACACUCCCUGCAAGAACCAUGGAAGUGGAUGGAAGUGGAGUUCACCAGUUUUUUUGGUAUGAGAAUUUCAUGGUCAGCCGAGACUUCGGGUGCCAUGCCAUCCACGUUCGCCCAUGAUCAUUCUGUGUCUCUGAAGGCAGAUUGCGUCAGCCAUGAGUGCAAUGAGUGCAGGUGGACUAGGACUGGCUGCGCUAGCUGCUUUGUUCAUGACCAUCUGCCCAUCUUUCCCCCAUCCGUAGGCACACCGCAAAGAUCCUGGUGCAAGGUUGCGGAUAGGUUCAUGCGGUGGUGAUUGGAAAGAAAGGAUGGAGAAUAGUCCUUACAUCAGGGAAGGCACAGGCUGCUUUGACCAAGAACCUAAUUUUUGCAAGUUGCAGCUUUUCAGGGCUAAUAUACCUGUAGCUGCCUGUAGCUCAGAAACGUUCAACAAGAAAUUUCAUCGCCUCUUGCUACUCUUCUUGCACCCAGAUGAUUGGACAUCAGCAGAUUGAUAAUUUGCAGGGGGGGCCCACAAGGAGUUUAGGUCCAGUCCGUGCGUUUUGGCAC